CCAAAUACUCUUAAUAGUUUUUCUAUUUUAUAUUUUUUCCAUUUCCAUCAAAUUUCUAUUUUCUAAAACAAAAAAUUCCUCAUUUCUAUUAUUCAAUUUUCAAUUAAAAAGAAAAUAAUACUCCCUUAAUUUAAAAAAGAAUAAACUAGUUUGACUUGAUACGAAGUUUAAAAAAAUAAAAGUCUUCUAAAUUUUGUAAUUUUAAAUUAAAGAUUUAUCAAAUAUAUCAAAAUAUCUUUCAAUUCUAUGGUUUUAAAUAUGACACAUAGAAAGUUAAAAUUUAAAAAUUAUUAAAAAAAUAGAAUCAUUUUUUUAAAGGAUUAAAAACUAAAGUAGCUCAUUCCUUUUUAAACGGAGGAAGUGUAUAAAAGGAUCCUUUAAUUUCACUCUCCUCUUUAAACUCUUCUGCAUUCGCAUUUUUCAAUUUUUUAUGAAAUUUAUUUUAGGGUUAGGGUUUAUCGUAUUUCUAAUGGCUUCAACAGCGGCGACAAAAUCGACGGCGACGGCGACGGCAACAACUUCCGAGAAGAAGAAGCCGGUGUUUGUGAAAGUGGAAACACUAAAACCUGGAACACAUGGUCAUAACUUGACGGUUAAAGUUGUUGAAUCGAAUCCGGUGAAAGCUACCGGCGGCGGCGGAGGUCGCGGUGGUAGAUUAUCGGUGAAUUCGAGACCUCCGGCGAGGAUCUCUGAGUGCCUUAUCGGUGAUGAAACGGCUUCUAUCCUCUUCACUGCUCGUAACGAACAAGUUGAUUUAAUGAAGCCAGGUGCUACUGUGAUUAUCCGGAAUGCAAAGAUUGACAUGUUCAGGGGUUCCAUGCGGCUUGCUGUAGACAAAUGGGGUCGCGUUGAGGUUGCUGAACCUGCUGAUAUUGCUGUUAACGAGCAAAACAACCUUUCGUUAGUUGAGUAUGAAUUGGUGAAUGUUGAAGAGUAGAGGGAACUUAAUUAGUAGAGUGAUAGUUUUAAGUCGUCAAGUCCAAUUCUUGUUUUGAUUUGUUAAUUAUUGCAUUCCUUGAAAACCAUUAUGGAAUUUUAUGUGCAAAAAUGACAGCAUUUCAGCCCUUAAAAUUUGUUCCAAUCAAACUAAUAUAAUGGAAAUGUCUGCCAUUGUUUAA